ACUGUCAUUCACAGAUCCGUCUGUCGUGGCCAGAUUUCAACCCCCACGAGCAUCAGCCGUAUAAAAGUACCGCAGCUUGCAGCUCUCAGGGCAAUUGCGCUUUACCCGGCUAACAGAAACAGUACUUGCACUUGCAUCAAUUACGGAGAACAGUAUGACACCGGUAAAAUACGUGCUGAUCUUACUUGUGAUGCUGGGAAUCACCUACCAAAUACUGGGAACAACUGAAGAUUCUUAUAGGAAUCUGUUGGGGUUGAAUCUUCCAUACGGCAGAGGAAUGAAUAAUGAUUUACAAUUUGCAAGACUGCUGAUGUUGCCACCCUGCCUCUGUCAUUCUAAACGCAACUCUGAACUCAUAAACUCGCUGCUAGGUCUACCGAAAAAUAUGAACAACGCUGGAAAGUAAAAUUGCUGAAAUUCUUUGAUAAUGAAGCUACGCUUUAUCGAAUGUAUACAUUUCAAAGAAUCUUUUAAGCCUAUAAUGUAUUAAACUCAAUAAACUCAAUAGAAU